AUGGCAUCUCGAAAUAAUCGUUAUUAUGAAUCAAAUCGGCAAGCAUACGGUGGCAAUCCUCGAUCGCAAUCGGGCAAUCCGCUUGAUGAUGAAAGUAUCGCAGGAAUAUCCGAAGAUUAUCAACGAGUCCUUGAUGACGAUUCGAAAUGUUCGCGUUUGUUGAAGAAAGUCCUUCGUGAUGAACGAUCGUUCGAAGUCCGACUUCAACGUCUUCAAGAAUUUCAAAUUUAUUUAGAAAAAUCUGAUAGUAAUAAAUUCGUUAUGAAAAUCGCUCAGUCCGCAAUUAACUUACUUUUUAAAGAAUUUCAAGAACGAUCUAACGAAACUAUUCGAUCAGAACUAGCUCGAUGUAUUGGCCUAAUUGGUUACAUCAUGCUCAACGAAGGCGAUCCAUCGUUCGCUGAUUGGUUGUUCACUUGUUUGAACGACAUACGAAGAAACGAUCUUCAACGACAAUUUCUUAUCAGUGCAUUCCGAACCAGUAUCCAAAAUGAACACGAAACUUUAUGUUUAACUGAUCAUAUCCAACGGAUAAGCGACCAGUUGAAAAAGAUUCUCGAGUCCGUUGUUUAUGCACCGUUGAUGACAGUGAUUACCGAUACAAUCAUUGAUCUCUCGCGAAUCUAUCCGCAUGUUUUCCAAGAAAUUUUCGUCGAUAUCGUGGAUAUACUCAUCGGAUGGUAUAUUGAACCAUUACCAACAGAUCGUAUACUUGAAUAUACCAGUCAAGCUCUACAAAAAUUCCGUCCAUUUUGGAUUGAACAAAUCGAAGGCACUACGUUGACACUGUUAGAUCAUUUCAUUGAAGAUGCUGACAAUUACGCGCAGGAUAUCGUGGAUAUACUCAUCGGAUGGUAUAUUGAACCAUUACCAACAGAUCGUAUACUUGAAUAUACCAGUCAAGCUCUACAAAAAUUCCGUCCAUUUUGGAUUGAACAAAUCGAAGGCACUACGUUGACACUGUUAGAUCAUUUCAUUGAAGAUGCUGACAAUUACGCGCAGCAAUUUGAAAACCAAGCACAUGAAGAGAGAGACGAAAAUAUGGUUUCCUUCACAGAUAAAAUUGCUGCAUUGUACCGAGCAUUUGGAACUGUUCUUCGUGCACUUUCCGAUGAUUUUUCUGCAACACCCAACUUACUUCCACUUGACUAUGUUGAUAAUUGGCUUCAAAAGAUUCUACACACAACGAGUAUCAUUCGACGUGAUAAAUUCUACGGUGUUUUAGCUCGACAUGCAAAUACGAUCGUAUGCAUCUUAUUAGAGAUGUUCACACAAUUUCACGAGAAAUUACAAAGUGAAAUCUUUGACUUUAUUAUCCAACAAACCAUUCUUCAGAAACAAGAUUGGCCAUACGAAGCAGAUGUCAACUUACUUCGUUUGAUUAUGAAAAUCAUCGAUUUAGUUGAUCACAAUUCGUGUGCAGAUCUAGCUCAUUCCAUAUUUGCAAGUCAAUCACGUCUAUGGCUUUAUCGAUUCUUAUACUCGAAUUCUCUUAUUCAAGAUGUUUUACAUCUGUUUAAUCGUUUGUUAACCAUGAAAAGUAUUCCGGUUGUUCAGCAAGUUUAUCAAGCGAUUUUAACAGAUAUGACAGCGAAUUUUAAUGUUUUAUUAAAUGCUCUUCAACAAAAACCGAUCAGCAUCGGAACAGCGUCAUUCACAAGUGAACUAAACGAAGAUGACGCCGAAGCAGCGUUGAUCUUCGAUUGCAGUGCCCUAUGCCAAAUCGGCAAUGUCAAAGGAAAUCUUUUUGGGAUGUACGCACUUUCGCCACCACUUUUCGAAUUACUGGCUAAACAUCUUCAAUUGACAAAUUCGAAAUUAGCUCAACAGUAUCCCGCUGUUCAUUAUGGUGUUCUCAAAACUCUNGAUUGCAGUGCCCUAUGCCAAAUCGGCAAUGUCAAAGGAAAUCUUUUUGGGAUGUACGCACUUUCGCCACCACUUUUCGAAUUACUGGCUAAACAUCUUCAAUUGACAAAUUCGAAAUUAGCUCAACAGUAUCCCGCUGUUCAUUAUGGUGUUCUCAAAACUCUGUAUUCGCAUUGCGCAGCACAUGAACAUUUUAUUCACAACUCUGAUUUGUUCAAACAGAACGAUGUGAAUAGUGUGAUGAGUUCAACAAGCUUAACUAAAGAUAAUUUCGAAGAUUUACUCAAACUUCAUCAUCGAUUGAUUGUUAAUAGCCAUCUAAGUUGUCAUGAUACGAAAAAACUAGUAUUGAAUUGGUUGGCAGAGAUCAUCGAUGCUUUACCACAAGAAGAUAACGGACUACUUACUUUGCCGUUGCUACUUAAAUUGUCCCAUGCAAUUAUCGAUAUAGCCUAUUCGGACGAAGAAGAGAUUUGUAAUUUAUGUUGCCGUUUAUUGAAUAAAAUUGUCAAACGUCAACGUGAUCUUGAUGUGUCAUUCCUAGUCCGUUUAUUUGAUUUAUGCCGCUUUUGGUUACAAUCGAAUGAAACAUCAAUUCACGAUAGUUAUUACGCGAUUUUAUGUUGUUUACCUGUGAAUAUUCUUACCAGUAAAUUUCCAACUCAUGGUACAUUACUAUCAUCGAAAAAUGAUUAUUCCGGUUUUGCUAGCAUCGUUAAACGAAAUCAUAUGAACACACCAUACUUAGGAACGUUUACCACACAUUGUUUCAAUUUAACCCUAGGCUACAUUCUUGUUAAUCAUCAAAUGCCACGUAUGUAUGCGAGUACAUGGCUCGAGCGGUUAUUUCAGUCCUGCCAACGAAAGAGUAAGAAUGGACCAUCGAAUGAAGAUCCAUCGCUGGAACGACAACAUCGUGUGUUGAGCUACGAACAGCUACCGAACUUUGGCAAUGAUGCAUUGAUAUGGUUCUGGGCGAUAUGGGAGUGUGCACAGUUUUGCGUCAUGAAUAAACUGAAAACACCACUGGGAAAACCUCAAGAGACGUUUCUCGCAUUGGAAGAAACGUUACGACUUUUCGCAUGGCCUGUUGAUUCUACUAGUAAAAAAGCGGAAGCUUUUGGUUCGGAGCAAACCAAUCGUUCAUCAACACCCUCGUCUACCACGAAUCCUGCAGUAGCUUCAUCUUCAUCAAGUGAAUUAAAUGCUCCUACGGAUAAAGGCGACUGGUGGUGUGAUCUACAUCGCUGUGGUCUCCUAUUACAAUUGCUUGAGGCAUUGGAGAAAUGCAUGUACAAUGCGUACGAAGGCGCUGCUCUCUCCUUGCCACAGUUACCUAAACCUAUAAAAUUCUUUUUCAUCACCAAUAAAUCGACAUGUCUUGAAUGGCUUAACCGUAUUCGUAUUCCAAUGAUUCUGACAGCCGUUCGAAGUGGCCAAUACGAAUCAGCUGUUCGCAACUGUAAUCAAUAUCUAAUGCACGUCUGUGCACUAGGUCAAGCUGAUGCAUCCGAAUUUGAAUUGGUGCUCAUAUCGUUUGUUCAAUCAUUGGUGAAACUUCAUAAUAGUAUGGUUAUUCAUGGAAUAUAUGUAUGGUUGAAGGAUACUCAUCAUCUUGACUGGCCAUGGGUUCGAGCUUGUCAACAUGAAGCUGCUGGCAAUCUCGAGCAAGCAGCGUACGAGUAUAAACUACUGCUAAAUGAACAUUUCAAAAGUUUGGUGAAAGCGAGCGAAACUACUGAGGAGAAAAUUUCCAAUGCCUUAGUGAAGUUUCUAACACAAAAAGUUUAUGAUUGUUACUUGAGUCUUCAUCAAUGGCCUGAACUAAUCGCAUGGAACGAAGCGUGUCUAAAAAUGCAAAUGGCUUUUCUACAAGAAAACAAUGAAGAUUUACGUGCGGCCAUGGAAACAACGAUUGAUAUGAAUGCUGUUCGAGCGAUGAGCUGUUUUGAAAAUCGAGAUUACGAUGGUUUGAAAGUGGCUAUGAGAAAAAUGGCCAACUCACAAACAGUUGGAGAAGAACUCGGAAGAAGUAUUGAGUGUGGCUGGGAUAUGGAAGCGUUCGAUAUGCUAGCUAAUGUUGAAACGUUGAAAGGUGUAUCAAAACGACGAUCCGGACUGUCUUCAUUGAAUGCAGUUCUCCAGUUAACGCAAGAUUUAACACGUAUACAUAAUGUCGAUGAACAUGCUUCGUGGUCAGAAGAGAGAGCUGCGAUCAGUCAAGUGGCCGCUUUGUUCCAAAGCGAAAACCGAGAGGUUCCACUCCUACCCGGAUACAAAUUUGCACCAGUCCAACACAGUGUGCGCGCAUUGAAUUCAGUAUUACUCUAUAGUCAAUCAAGUUCUAAUAAUCAAAAUCCUUCGGCAACGAUCAACUCCAAUUGGACAGCUCUUCGAAUGGGAGCCGCUCGGCUAGCCCGUCAACAGAAUAAUUUCACAUUAGCUUCCAAGUUACUCAUUCAGCAAUUUCAAUCAACUCAUACAUGGCCAUCUGGUGCUUCAGCUGUUCAAGCUUGUAACGUUCCAUUAGGAUCUCCACUACGCUCAUUUCAUACUGAUGUUUCAUCGGUCGAAACCUACUCUCUAGCUUCGCUGAUCAACAUGAUUGACCGUUAUCAGAGUACACACAUGGUUUCUAUUGAACUUGAGACUGAAACAGCAAAACUAAUCCAUGCAUUAGCGCUGAAUAAAGCGAAUAACAUCAACGUCACCAUUGCCAUUGAAUUUCUCUCCCGAUCAAUUCUGCGACAUUUAAUAAACGAGAGUCAAAUCAGUGCACAAUACAAUAAUCCUCGAACAAUGAUUACCAUCGAGAAAUGUUCGAGAAACUUGUUACACGCCGCUCGAUGGUCGCGCACAGCUAUCGAAAAUAGCUAUGAAACCACAACUUCAAAUGUCAUCUCGUUGAGUAAACUGUUUCAAUUGAGAAAACAGUAUCUUCAGACAGGUCUGGGUGUUGAUAUCGCUGGGGAACCGUUCGUUCGAAAAAAUGUGCCUCUAGACGAAUUGUUAAUCGGUGAAUUAUUGGAUUUUUCGACGCUAACCUGUCCAAAUUUAGCCAAAUCAUGGUUUCGAUUUGCCGAUUGGGCUUACGGAUGGGGACGACAAUUACUUGCUCGAUCUGUACCAUUAUCAUCUUUGGACUUUGGACAACAAGUUCGAGCAAUUCUUCCACCGGAAGUGACAUCGGAUGAGGUCAAUGAAAUCUCCCGUAUUCUAUCAUCUAUUCGAGUUUUGAAUGAUGAUGAUUCCGAGCUCACUGCUUCUGAGUUAUCAUCACUUCAUUCGUAUCGUUCUGAUCUAUCUCGAUCAUGUUCAUUGCUAACGAAAUAUCCGAUUCUCAUCGAAAAACUACUCGCCUUACAUCCACAAUAUGAUCUGCGUCGAUAUUUCCUAUUAGAACAAUCCUGUCGUGCUUAUUUUACCUAUUUACAAUUAAGCAACACAAAUAUCCACGGAGCAACGAACGAGAAAAAAUCGAACCAUACAGAUGAUGCAUCGAACGUACUGAUUACUUUACGUUUGUUACGUGUACUUGUUCGCUAUCCUCAACAAUUGCGCAUAGUAUUUGAAACUAGUUUGGUCAGUAUGCCAACGAUGGCAUGGAAACGUUUAACUCCGCAACUGUUUUCUCGGCUGAAUCAUCCGGAUAGUUUCGUUCGAGAUUAUGUGACAAACUUAUUAGUUCGUAUCGCGAAAGACUUCCCUCAACUGAUCCUCUACUCCGUCAUCGUCGGAAUCACUGAUGAUUCGAAAAUGCGGCGGAUGAAAGCUCGGGAUGAAAAUCGUUAUGAAAGCAAAUCGUUAAGUAUACACGGGUCCGAUGAAGAUAAAUCGCAAGAAGAUGAAGAUGAAGAGGAAGAGGAGGAGGAAGAAGAACAAGAAGAUAAUGAUGAGCUUGAAGAAGAUGACGAUGUGGGCAAGCAAGAAAAUAUUCUAGCCAUGCAAAAUAGCUUUCGCUUGAUUUAUAAUGUGCUUUCGGAAACCAAUGCACAUGUUGUUGGACAAGUGAAACUGUUCGUUCAUGAACUAAGACGUGUAACAGUUCUAUGGGAUGAAUUAUGGUUAGGAACGAUGGCUCAAUUACAAGAAGAGAUCAGUCGUCGUGUCGAUGCUUUGAAAGAUGAACUUCAACGUCUGGAAACUAUGACUCAUCUAACAAAAGAAGAAAAGGAAUUUUUAGUCAAAGAAAAACAGGAUGUACUGUUCAAAUCUUUUCUCACUGUGCUCGAAGCCGUUAGUCAAAUAACUCGUGCAUCUGCCGAAACGCCACGUGAACUCACCUUUCAAAAAGACUACAGCAAACAAAUUGAUGCGGCAAUUGAACAAUUAAAACAGCCGAUUACACUAACGAAUCCGCAUGCAUGUUGGUUACAACUUCGACAAUUGUAUUCAAUGUUGCAUCGUACUGGCAAACGAUCAGGUACGAUUCAUGCUAUGCACCAAAUCAGCCCAAAACUGGCACAAAUCAAACACAGUGCUAUUCCAAUUCCCGGCGAAGACGGACAGUUUUUGACGAUUCAUAGCGUUGGUCAGACAGUUCAGGUUUUACCAACGAAAACUCGGCCGAAAAAACUGAUGUUCGUCGGAUCUAAUGGUCGUCGAUAUCAAUAUCUGUUGAAAGGUCUCGAAGAUCUACAUCUAGACGAGCGCAUCAUGCAGCUACUAUCGAUAAUUAAUGUUAUGUUUACGAAAAUGAAUCGUAAUGAACCGUGGUCGUACGAAGCAAGAAAUUACACAGUGAUUCCACUAGCAUCACGAAGCGGUUUGAUUCAAUGGGUGGAAGGUGCAACGCCAUUGUUCACACUUUAUAAACGCUGGCAACAGAGACAAGCUACAGCACAAACUUGGAAAGCUCAGAAUGAUAAUCAAGAGACAACAUUGGCAACAGUACAAAAACCAAAUGAUAUCUAUUAUUCGAAAUUAAAUGGCAUAUUAAAAGAAAAGGGCAAAUCACCUGUCGAAGAUCGUCGCGAAGUACCAAUGCCAAUAUUACGGCAAUGUAUCGAGGAGCUAAUCCGUGAAACACCAGCGGAUUUACUAUCACGAGAACUUUGGUGCAGUUGUCCAAGUGUAGGCUUAUGGUAUAAGAAUGUUCAAAACUAUGGUCGUUCAUUGGCUGUCACAUCUAUGAUUGGAUAUAUGAUUGGUUUAGGCGAUCGUCAUCUUGAUAACGUUCUCGUUGAUUUAAAAUCUGGACAAAUUAUUCACAUUGAUUAUAAUAUUUGUUUUGAAAAAGGUAAAAAACUACGCGUACCGGAAAAGGUUCCGUAUCGUUUGACACAAAACUUACAAAAUGCACUUGGAAUUGCCGGUCUUGACGGCGUAUUCUCUCUUUCAUCUGAAAAUGUUCUGGGAAUUUUACGUAACGGCAAAGAAAUCUUACUCAAUCUACUCGAAUCGUUUAUCUAUGAUCCAUUGAUCGAUUGGACGGGACACGAUACCGGUGUUCUCUCUGCAUUUUAUGGUGGGCAGAGUCACCUCUACGAGCAGGUUACUAUAAAGAAACGUCAAGUAGAAAAAGAUGCUCUACUGCGUAUGUUGCAUCUGCGUAUAAUUGAAAUUCGACAUAAUUGGUUGAUUCUUGGCGAUUCGAUCAAUCGGACGAUGAACAAGUUGUUUCAACGCGUCAAUGAUAUGAACGAAUUGAACAAAACUUUCAAUGAACACGAAAUGAAAAUAUGUCUGAUGGAGAAACGUUUGGAUUAUUUUAGAACAGCUGUAGAAAGCAAUGCAACAAGUCACCCGUUGUUUUCCUUACUCGACAGACGAAAAAAGCUACAAACAAUCCGAUCGGACAUGAACACAGCGAGAGAUUUGGUCUUGUCGUUGUGUCAACAUCUGGAUUCUGUUGUCACGAACAUUGAUGAAGCGUAUGAAGAUUUACAAUCGAAAGACUUUUAUACUAAAAUUCAACAGUUUGUUGCAACCAAUGAAGUGUCUAUUAGUACUUCACCAGUGGUACUUGCUUCCGAAUUUCUUCAAGCAGCCGGAAAGUCAGCGUUACUCCAUCAAAGCGAAGAAUUAGAUGACGAAUUGCGAAGUGCUCUCAAACUCUAUCGAUCGGCGCGGCAAUCGACUGUUUCGAGUGUAUCGAAAAAUCUCGUUGAACUUUGCCACUAUCUACCAACUGAUUAUAUUUCAUCAUCAUCACUAAGCACAUUAAAACAUCGUCUCAAUGAACUUUACAAUAAUUUUACUACUGAAAAGUGUCAAGAAUUUCUACAUCAUGUCGAUACAGAGUUUCUUAUCAAUGAAAAUUCAGCUUCGCGAGUAGAAUUGAUCAGUCGAGCAGUCUCUGUCGACCAUCAAUUGAAUGAAUACUUGCAAACAAUCGAUCAGGAACUGACAGAAAGUUCCAAGUUACAAAUAUUCCUUCAACAAUCCUUAGUAGACGAUACAAUCUAUCGGAACACCCUCAGUACUAAUCUACAAAACUUAGAUAGUGAUGAAUACACAAAUUACCGUUACAUUCUUUCAUUGAUGCUAUUUGAUCGAUGGCAACAUUGUCGACAAAUGAGUGAUCGCGCGAAGAUGAUGUUUACUACACAAUCAUUCAUAGAAAAUCACGAUGAAACGUUCAUUCAUGAUCUUUACACAUUGAUUAGCAACACAAAUUUUCUAGCAUCGAUUAUUCAACAACACAGCGCAAUCAUAUCAGUAAAUUCACCGUCUGUUGAUAGUAUCAUCCAAUUGAUGAGCCGUUUGGAGAACAUCUUUCGGCUAGUUAGAGAUUUGUCAAACAACUUUGAUCUAAACGCAGUACCUACUUUGAUUCGUGCUGCAUGUUCAAAACAAGCUAAUCUACGUGUGUGUAUGGAUCUGUUGGAUAAUGCUUUUCAGCAGAUUCCUCCUACACCGAUCGACGAUACGUGUCAAACAGUUUAUCAGCAACUUCGUUCAUCGUGGAUAACAGCUUCAAAUGAGAUUUUCGAUACGUUUUUGAAUCUCUCAAAUGCAUUCGACGAACUCAAUAGUGAAUUCAAUGAUAUCACGGUUCUUUUUCAAACGUUAGACAUACCGUCAACUUGGCUACAAUCACCGCUAUUCGAUUGGAAACAAACGAACAUAACCAACGAUGCUCGACAAAACUCCCUGAAAAACUUCUUUUCAAUUAGCAAAAUCACUACCAUGCGACAAAUUUGUCAAUUAGUCAUUGACCACACACAAACAUUCGAUAAUGUCAAUACCCAAAUCAUCAAAGAAAGUGACUUAACCAAUCUCAUCAAACAAUUUCUUGUCUUAUACAUCAAUCAUUAUCUUGCUGAUCUACCCGCUCUGGUCACCAGUUACUUGAUCCUAUCAUUAAUUCCAUCCUUGCAGACUGAUGUUAUUCAAUCGGAUCAUCAGUUUCAAGAGUUUCUUCAUCGAUUGUGUCUGAUUACACCAACACAAAACACUACCGAACUCCAGCAAUUAUUAGCACAGAUCAAUGGUUCAUGGCAAAGCAACAAUAACGUUGAACAAAUCCAAAUUGCAUUCGAUAUAUUAAAUACUCGAAAACAUACGAAUGAAAUGCAGCUACUUGCCUAUCGAUGGAAAAACUUUCAUUUAUUAAAUUCCAAUACUGAAAACCAACAACGACGUAGUAUUUGUGAAGAAUUAGCAGCGGAUCAAAGUGUGUUAGCCAUACCCGACAACGCCUCGAUCAUAAUUAUUGAUAAAAUAACAACUCUUGAACAAACAGUAAUUCAGCGAUUAAGAUGGGCUGCUGGUGCUAAUCCUUUAGUACAAGAUGUGCUUAUCAAAUUUGAAAACCAACAAAAACAACGCACGAAUGAAAUCAAUAACGACAAACAAAUCUGUGCGCAUCUUGUUAAAACUCUUCAAUCUUGGCUACUCUUUGAACAAUAUGAAGAGCAAAUUAAACUUCAAGGAGAGCUGAUUAUUCAUGCGCGAACAUUUGCUGAGAAAGGUUUGGAGAUUUGCCAAUUAAAAACAAAUAUUGAAUCGGAUUUCACAACUGUUGAACAAGCAGUCUUGGAAUUUGCGCCGAUUGAAAAUUUACAAGAGAUUACUUUACAAAAUCUUCCGAUGUUAAUUGAACAAGCGAAUAAUGAAUAUGCGAAGCAAAAACGAAAUCGAACUAAAGAAGAAAAAGACAUGGAAAUUCGGCGUGAUGAAAUGAGUAAUUCAAUCACUGAAUUGAAAGAACAAAUGUCUCAUCACAAUGUGGUCUUCAAGGAUUUAUCAUCGCUAUUGAAAAGUUUACUUCGCACGAUUCCACAUCGUACAAUUGCCAAUUAUUCUCAAAUUCAUCGGGAAUUUCUUGAAUUAUGUCAUACUAUCGCUAAACAUACGCUUCACAUUGAUAAAAAUAGUACGAUGCGAUACGAAGAUCUUCUAAUAAAGAUGAAGCGGGUCUUAGCGAUUAAAACAAAAGUUUUUGAAGAUUUAAUCAACUUAAAACCACCAACUGACACUGAUAAUCGAGAACAAGCAAGUUCGUCACUAAUAAAUACCAGUGCACAGCACGAUACAACAGAUAAAUCAAUUAAAGUUAUUGAAGAACGAAACAAAUAUGCAGUCGAGAUUUGUAAACGAAUUCGCGAUAAACUUGACGGUUCAGAUCCUGAUCCAUUGACUCAAAGUUCCAUCAGCGAACAAGUUCGUUAUACCAUUCGUGAAGCAACCGACAUUGAAAAUUUAGCUACGCUGUAUGAAGGCUGGACAUCAUGGGUUUGA